AUGGAAGGAUGUCCACAUCAACGAUUUUCUUAUGAAGAAUUAUUUAAAAUCAGUAGAAAGAACUAUUUAAAUGUUAUCGAACAAUUAGUCCAAUCAAGUGAUAAUAAAAACAUUAACAUUAACUCUCGAUGCACUCCUGCCUGUAAAGAAAAAAUGAUAAGAAUUGUUCAAGCAACAUUCAACCAAUAUCGUGAUGAUUUAUGUUGGUAUUAUAAUGACGCCAAACUUGUUGAUGGUGGGUCUGCAACUGAUUAUAUAUGUGCAAUGACUGGUAUGUGGGAAAAGGAUCCAUUUUUAUACAAUUUCACACCCCAACUAAAUGAACAUGGACAAGUUCCGGAAUAUCCUAAUGUUGUAAAUAAAGAUAUUAAAGAGUAA